UUGAGAAAUACAAUUUUCAUAUCACCAAAACACAAAUCAGAACUUGACUAAAAUGGCAGAAAUUGCAGUGUCUUUUGCAGUUGACCAAUUACUUCCAUUGUUAAGGGAAGAAGCCAGUUUGCUCAAUGGCAUUCACAAAGAAUUUGCAGACAUUAAAGAUGAACUUGAAAGCAUCCAAGCCUUCCUUAAGGAUGCUGAUAGAAGAGCUGCAGGUGAAGAAGAUAACACUAGUGAAGGAGUCAAAACAUGGGUGAAACAAGUUAGAGAAACAACCUUUCGCAUAGAAGACAUCAUUGAUGAUUAUAUGAUCCAUGUGAGACAACAGCCUCGUAAUCUUGGGUGUAUGGCUUUACUCCAUAAUAUUAGUCACUUAGUCAAAACUAUGAUCCCUCGCCAUCGAAUAGCGUCCAAGAUUCAAGGCAUUAAGUCAUCUGUGCAUGGGAUCAAGGAAAGAAGUGAAAGGUAUGGCUUCCAAAUCCAACCUUCUAUUGAACAAGGAUCAAGCCACUUUAGAGGAAGCCAAAAGGCGAAAUGGCAUGACCCUCGAAUGGCUGCUUUAUAUAUUGAUGAAUCUGAAAUUGUAGGCUUUCAAGAACCCAAAAAUAGAUUGAUUGGAUUGUUGGUGGAUGGAAGAGAAGAGCGAACUGUCAUCUCUGUGGUAGGAAUGGGAGGACAAGGAAAAUCCACUCUUGCCAAAAAGGUUUUCGACAGCAAAGAGGUCAUGGGACACUUCGAAUAUCGUGUAUGGGUCACAGUGUCACAAUCAUACGAUAUAGAGGGGUUGCUGAGAUACAUGUUGAAGGAGAUUUACCAACAAAAAGGAGACGACCCUUCUCAAGAUAUCUCUGAAAUGGAUCUAGGGUCAUUGAUUUCUAAGUUGAGAAACCACUUGCAACAAAAGAGGUAUGUUUUUGUAUUUGAUGAUGUAUGGACCAUAGAUUUUUGGAAUGAAAUAGAGCAUGUUGUGAUUGAUAAUAAAAAUGGGAGUAAGAUAUUGAUUACAACAAGAAGUAUGGAUGUUGCUAUUUAUUGUAAAAAAUCUUCUUUUAUUGAGGUGCAUGAACUACAACCUUUAACUGAGGAACAAUCUUUUGAGUUGUUCAAUAAGAAGGUAUUUCGAUUUGACUUUGAUGGAAGUUGUCCAAAAGAUCUAAUUGAUAUAUCUUCCGAAAUUGCUAGAAAAUGCAAGGGUUUACCACUAGCAAUUGUAGCCGUUGGUGGUCUUUUAUCUACAAAGUUGAAAAAUGCAUUUGAUUGGCGGAGAUUUAAUGAAAAUAUGACUUUUAAUGAAAAUAUGACUUUAGAGCUAAAGAAGGAUCCCAAUUUGAUAGGGAUUAAAAAAAUAUUAGGUUUCAGCUAUGAUGAUUUGCCUCUUCAUCUUAAAUCAUGUUUAUUGUAUUUUGGAUUAUAUCCAGAAGAUUAUAAAGUUGAUUCAAAGAGAUUGAUUCGGCAAUGGAUAGCUGAAGGGUUUGUAAAAGAAGAAAGGGGGAAUACUUUGGAAGAAGUUGCAGAAGGAUACUUAACAGAGUUGAUCCAUAGAAGUUUGGUGCAAGUAUCUUCACUAAGAAUCGAUGGAAAAACAAAAAGUUGUUGCGUUCAUGAUCUAAUACGUAUGAUGAUACUUGAAAAGUGUGAGGAUCUAAGUUUUUGCAAGUAUAUUAGUGAAGAUUGUCAUUCAUCUUUAAGUGAAGUUACUCGACGCCUAUCAAUAGCAACCAAUUCCAAUGAUUUUAUGGCAUGCACUAAAAAAAACUCAAGUGUUCGGUCACUAAUGGUUUUCACAGAAAAUUUAGACCGAUGCUCUCUGAGGAAGUUCUAUACAAAAUGUAGGCGAUUGAAGGUGCUUCAUUUUGAAAAUGAUAAUUGGUUUAUGGGUGAUGAAGAUUUGAGAAGUUUGAUCCACUUGAAAUAUUUAAGCUGCAAGAAUUCUUCGGGGGAUGGAUACGUAUAUCUUUCCAAAUCAAUUGCCAUGCUCCAAAACCUAGAGACCUUGGAUCUAAGGGGGGUUAAUGUUAGGUUCUAUGAUAUACCAAAGGAGACUAGAAUGUUCAGAAAGCUGCGACAUUUUUGUGGUUACAAAAUCUCUUUGUUUCAAUUGAAGGGUUGUAUAGGAGGCAUGGAAUCGCUACAAACGCUAAGUGAGGUGGAAAUAGAUAGCAAUUAUGAGGAUGGAAUAGAGUUAAUUAAGGAGUUGGGAAAGUUGAGGCAGUUAAGGAAAUUGGGUUUGGUUGGUGUUAGAAGAGAACAUGGAAGCGCUUUAUCUUCCGUAUUGAAUGAGCUGCGACACUUGGAGAAACUACGCAUUGGGAAAAAAUUUGGAUACUACUCUGUUUAUGUUCAUGAUGUUAUUGAUUUUCAUUUGGUUUCAUCCCCUCCUAUGCUUCGAACUCUUAAAACGCGAGCAAAGUUGACGAAGUUUCCAGAAUGGAUUCCCAAGUUUCAAAAUCUGGUUGAAUUGAUGUUAAGACGCUCCGGUUUAAUUGAAGAUCCAAUAAAGUCGCUUGAAAAUCUGCAAAACUUGUUGUCCCUCUCAAUCAUCAACAAUGCUUAUGAAGGUGAAAGUUUACAUUUUCACGAUGGAGGGUUGCAAAAUCUAAAGGAACUAUAUAUUAGAGAAUCGCCUAACUUGCAUUCAAUUUUCAUCGACAAAGGAGCGCUACAUUCUCUAAAAAAGUUCGAGUUAUCUAGCAUCCCCAACCUCAAGACGGUUCCAGAUGGCAUCCGACACUUAGAAAAGCUUGAAGUUCUCGAUGUUUGGGAUAUGCCAUGUGUAGAUAUUUAUCCUAAACUUUAAGGACUAAGGAGUUUCAAAGCAUAUGCCAUUGAAUUUCAAGGAGGGAAAAAGGUGGUUGGCUUCUAGUGUGAUGUAAAACGAAAAGUGGACUUUUACAACAGGGGGCUGAUUAUGUUCAUGAUUUGGAACUUUUGUUCUAGUGAAAAAAAGAAUGUGUUGUGGUGUAAUUAGUUGUUCUCUGGUGCUGGCCCUUGUUUUUGUAAUUAUAGUAUAUACGGUGUUUUCAUUUUUAGGUUUUACUUCCUCGGUUCAUCUUGAGCUCGGAAAGCCUGUGGUAAUAUAUAUCUCAUUUUAGUCUCUUUAAAAAUAAAAAAUAAAAAAGAAUGUGUUGUCUGUCUUUAAUAAUGGUACAUGAAACCUCUAUGUAAUUGAUUCAAGAUCCUGUGUUUGUGAUUUGAGUUGUUUAUUAUGUAUUAAAUUUAUGUACGCCUAAUGUUGAGAGCUUUUUGCUUUCAAGGAUUGUAAGACCUUAUUUCUCUCUUAAAGUGAAGUUUUAUGUAA